AUGUUGUAAUAAUAUUAAAGUUAUAUCACGUAAACAUUUCAACAAGUCUCUUAGAAUACUACAAGAUUAAUUUACAUUUAUGGUACAUAGUUCACACAGAAAUUGGGUGCUUAUCAUUGGCCAUCAUCAUAUGCAACAGAUAAAUAAUCAAAUCAAGCUUUGGAGUUCUUUUAUAAACUUUAUUUACCAACCUCCUAAUUGCUGAAUAAAAGCUUUAAAAUGAAAUAUACUUAAUCGAUAUCAGAAUAAGAUUAUUGUUAUUAUUAUUUAUUUGUAAAUUAUUUUAACAUAACAUCAAUUUGCCUUAAAUUAAUGGAAUCAAAUUUUACUAAAUAAAAUUCUAUUUUUAGUAACACUAAAUAAUUUUAAUUUCAUUUUUUUAAUUUAAUCUUCACUGUUUACCACAAUAUUCUUUUCAUUUAUUAAAAAAAAUUAUUGGUUAUUAAAAUCAAAAAUAUUUAGAAAAGCUCACUAUUAAGAAUCAAUUAUGAAAUAAAAUUUAUAAAUAGAUUACUAAUCUGGGUCAUCAUACAUGAAAGCAUAUGAGUUUAUUUUACGAGUAUUAAGGGAAGAAGAUGAAGAGGAACAUGAUGAUGACGACGAAUCUUCUAAUAAAGCUAUAAUUAUUUUGAUAUUCUUAAGCACGGGAUUAUUGGUUUUUGGGAUAAUAGUCUGCUUAUGUAAAUGCUUAUAUGACAGGAUAUAAAAAAAACGAGAAGCUUAAGUGCGUCAAUUAAAUGAAUCCUAAUAUUAAUAGUAAAUUGUUUAAAUAGAGACACUAUGCCUAUAUAACAGAGAUUUGGAGGACUGUCCAAUUUGUUUAAUGCCAAUACCAAGUAUUUUACUUGAAAUUACUGCUUGCAAUCAUAAGUUCCAUAAGGCAUGCUUGGCGUUAUGGUUGUAAGUCGAUAAAGUGUGUCCUACUUGUAGAACAAGAAUUUCUCAAUGA